AGUCAGCAUUUGCAGUUAGAGCUAAGUAAAUGAAGCGAAUAAGUGAAGUCACUCUAUUUCUUGUGGCACUCGCGUUUGGAAGUGUAUAUGGCGAGUGUGAUAAGUGCAACUCUAAUAAUCCUGUAGCUUGUCACAGUGAGACGGUCUAUUCGCUCUGCCUUAAUGAUCAACCAACAAUGAAUUUCGUCACAUGCCCCACAGAUUAUAUAUGUACAAGCGAUGUGUUUGUAUGUUAUCCUAGAAAUUCGUCAGUUGCUAGUUGCACUAAUUCAACUGACGACGGAUCGUCUCAAUGUGGCAUUUGCGCAUCUAGGGGCAAUUUGUAUGCAUGCCUUAACCAAACGACAAUUGCGUUCUGUUUUGGCGAUGAUGUGCCACAUUAUGAGUCGCUUUCUUACUGUCCAGCAGGCACUGUCUGCGAUUUGAAUGCGGAAAGUGGAUUUUGCACAGCCGCGACAAAAUCUGCGCCAAGUUGCAGACAAAGUCAAUGGACAACUUCGACGCCAGCAGUAACAACUAGUACGCUGAGCUCGACUACCACUACUUCAACAACCACACCAACAGUUCCAACAACAACAAGUCCAGUAGCCACAAUUACAACAACUCCUGUAUCUACCACAACAACAACUUCUGUACCAACAACAACCCCUGUACCCACCACCACAACAACUCCUGUAUCUACCACUACAACAACUCCUGUACUCACAACCACAACAACUCCUGUAUCUACCACAACAAUAACUCCUGUACCUAUGACUACAACAACUCUGGAUUCGACUACAACCACUGAACACGUUCUUACACCUGAGGAAAUUUGCGAAAAUCAUGACGCAUCCGGUACCAUAGCAUAUCCUGGUGAUCUUACGUGUAAAGUGUCUAUUCAAUGUAGCGAAACCAAUAAAGUAUGGAAAGCAGUAGUAAAUACAUGUCCUGCGAAUCAAUGGUUUGAUCCUACUUUAAAGUUUUGUACCACAACAUAUACGUGUCUCACUCAGAGUACUUCAACAAAAACCUCUACACCAGAUCCAAACACUACAAAUUUACCAACAACAACGCCAACUCCAACUAUUCUGGUACCUAACACUACAACAACUCUGAAUCCGACUACUACCACUGAACACGUCCUUACACCUGAGGAAAUUUGCGAAAAUUAUGGCGCGUCGGAUACCAUAGCAUAUCCUGGUGAUCUUACAUGUAAAGUGUCUAUUCAAUGUAGCGAAACUAAUAAUGUUUGGAAAGCAGUCGUAAAUACAUGUCCAGCGAAUCAAUGGUUUAAUCCCACUUUGAAAUUUUGCUCCACAACACAUACGUGUCCCGUUCAGAGUACUUCAACAACAUCAGAUCCAAGUACUGCGCGCACACUUACUCUUGAGGAAAUAUGCGAGGAACACGGCGUGGUGGAAACCAUUGCCGCACCCGAUGAUAAUACUUGUAGAAAAUACAUCGUCUGCUCGAAGCCUGGGGCUAAUUGGAUUGCUCAGGAGUAUACUUGUAGGAGCUAUUUUAAUCCGACUACAAAAAGAUGUAGCUCUACAUAUGUCUGUCCAACGUAGAAGUUUCGGCGGACCUAAGAGCGCUUAUUACAGAAAUAUAUUCAAAUAAUAGAUAUUGCUAAAUAAGUUUCUUAAAAUACUUACUUCCUGUUUUCAAAUUUGUAAAUUUCCCGACAAGAAUCACACACACCGAUUCUAGUUCACUUAUAAAUUAAUAAACAUGAUACCUAAGAACAUAAGG